AUGAUCCCAAAAAAGCAAAUCCCAACCACGGCAUUCGUGGUUGAGAAGCCAGGGGCUCCUUUUAUUCUUCAAGAUGUUGUUCUUGAUGAAGUCAGGGCUAAUGAAGUCUUGGUUGAAAUGAAAUAUACCGGCCUUUGCCACACAGACAUCGUCGUCCAACAGGGUGUAAUCCCUGUCGGUGAUUAUCCCGCCGUGUUAGGCCACGAGGGUGCCGGAAUCGUUCGUCGUAUUGGCAGUGCUGUGAAAGACAAAUCCCUCCAAGAAGGCGACCUUGUCUUCCUGAGCUUCACCUCCUGCCAUGAAGAAUCAUGCAGCCCCUGUAGCAAUGGCCGACAUGGAUUCUGCAGUCAGAUGACAGACAUUAACUUCGCCGGUGCUCGAGGUCUCAGCUCUACCGAGUCACCCAUUUCUUUCCCCGAUGGAAAGGGUCCAAUUCGCGGCCAGUUCUUCGGCCAGUCCUCCAUGAGCAAGCUGGCUGUGGUUGAUGAGCGCUCGGUUGUCAAGUCCCCUGCAGCAUCUGGAAUCACGAUCGAAGAUAUGGGGGUCCUUGCUCCUCUUGGCUGUGGAUAUCUCACUGGUGCAGGAACCAUCUUCAAUGUCCUCAAGCCUAAACCGACAAGUCGCUUGGCUGUUUUUGGCAUGGGUGCUGUUGGCUUGGCGGCCCUGUUGGCUGCCCGGUCCCAGGGGGUUGAAACUGUUAUCGCGGUUGAUAUUGUUGAUGCGAAGCUCGAGCUGGCGAAGUCUCUUGGUGCAUCGCAUACGUUGAACACGAAGAGUAUAUCGGAUCUUGCACAGGGGCUGUUGGAUACCUUCCCAGAUGGCGUUGACUAUAUUCUCGACACGACGGGCGUAAUUCCUCUGCUCGAGGCUGCGGUCAAAGCUUUAGGCCAUGAAGGCACCCUAGCUAUUGUGGGAGUAGCUCGUGCUGGCUCAUCUUUCAAUAUCGAUCCUUUAGCAUUCAUGAUGGCUUGCAAGCGUGUUGUUGGUGUGAUUGAGGGCUGCGGGAAUCCCGCUGUGAUUGUUCCCCAACUAAUUGAUCUAUACAAGCAAGGGAAAUUCCCAGUCGAUAGAAUUGCUAAGAUCUAUCCCCCGGAUGCUCUUGAGCAAGCCCUAGCAGAUUUGCACUCUGGAAGGGUUAUCAAGCCCGUCAUCAAAUGGGCAGAUCUGUAA